UUUCUCCAUUGGUUUGGCUCAUUUCUUGAAACAGAAAUUACAUUCUCAAAACUACAUGGACAAACCUCCAAACCACUUGGCAAUUGUUCACAACAGAAUUGAAUUUCUCAUUCAUUUCAUCAAAUUGCAAAUGUCUAAGUACAUGUCUCAAUGUCUCAGUACAUAUUUGCAAAUUAUUAAGUACAUGUAGCCUACAUUUAGCACAAUUUCCAAGUGAAUAGAUCUUAUCGAUCUAAACUGAUUGUUGAUUCUCAGUCUAAUGGUUGUUCGCUCCAAAACGUGUCAGCGUCAUUUCAUUGUAUAAGUCAUCACAUGCACAAUAGUCUGUUCAAUUGUCAAAAUUAGUCAAGAACAUAAUACCAUGAAUACCAUAUAUGAAUCCCCUAAAACAUUUGAUAAAUUUAUUACAGCAAUUGACAGUCAGGUGAAACUUGACUAACGAAGGAGGAGUUUCACACAUCUCAGAUGACCAAUCAAACAGUAUGUUUAGUUACCUGACAGGUGCUGUCCAUGACUGUGAAUGCUGCCAAACAUGUAUGUAAAGAGCUUGACCAUGCAGGACCAGUACAAUUUCUGAACAUGGAGGCACCUGGCCAAGUAAAUGAACAAGGGCAACUGCCUGCUCGAGGAAGAGGAAGAGGAAGAAGAAGAGGAGGAGGAGGAGGAGGAGUAAGGGUGCGUGGUGGUGGAAUAGGGGGAAGAGGCCGAGGAGCACGAAGACACCAUGCUGUCCCGGAUGAAAUUCGGGCCACAAUUAUAGACCAUGUCAUCAACCAUGGCCUCACAAUGGCGGAGGCAGGUCGCCGAGUGCAGCCUAAUGUGCCUCGCUCAACAGUCUCCUCCAUCAAUAGUUUAUUUUCUACAGUAUUGAUGAUACAGUUUACAGUAGUAUUCCAGUCACUGUGCAGUGAUGCAUUAGAAUUGUGGUAAAGUUACUGUAAGUAAAACAACAAUACAAUUACAUAGGUAACUCAUUCUGUAAGGAAUACAUAAGGUAUACAUUACGAAUGGAGUGUUGUCCUUUGACUUCUAUAUCUAGGAUUGGACGACAACCUUGCACGGGUGGCAGAGGAAAACUUCUCAAUGAACAACAAGAACAAGAGAUCUUUAACAUGGUGAUGGCAAAUAAUGCCAUCACAUUGAGACAGAUCCGCGCUGCAAUCCUACAAGACAAUGCCAUAUUCCAAAAUGUCAACUCUAUAAGCAACUCCACAAUAGACUGGAUAUUGAAGAAGCACCAGAUGACAAUGAAGCAAAUUUACAGGGUACCAUUUGAGAGGAACUCUGAUAGAGUGAAAGAGCUGCGGUACCAGUAUGUACAUAGAAUAAUGGCAUUGGAAGGAAACGAGACCCAUCACAUCCUCGUGUUUGUGGAUGAAGCUGGCUUCAACCUGGCCAAGGGCCGAAGACGUGGCCGUAAUAUUAUUGGCCACCGGGCCACGGCGGAUGUCCCAGGCCAGCGAGGGGGCAAUAUAACUAUGUGUGCUGCCAUAUCUGAGAAUGGUGUGGCCACUCACAUCCCCAGUCUUGGCCCAUACAAUACACAGAAUCUCCUCAUCUUCUUGGACCGCCUUCAUUUUGAUUUGAUCCCUGAAAAUGAGAGAGGUCUCGUAGGGCCUCACCUACCACAAUAUGUCAUUGUAUGGGACAAUGUGAAUUUCCACCGUGGCCCGCUCAUCAGGGCCUGGUUCACUACUCAUCCAAGGAUGGUCAUGGUGUUCCUACCACCUUACUCUCCUUUCCUCAAUCCUAUUGAGGAGUAUUUCUCCGCUUGGAGGUGGAGAGUGUAUGAGCAUCGGGCUCAAGAUCAGAGGUCCCUGCUCCAUGCAAUGGACGCUGCGUGUGAGGAUAUUACAGGAGAUCAGUGUAGGGGAUGGUUGCGACAUGCACGCCGUUUCUUCCCUCGUUGCAUCGCAAGGGAGAAUAUACGCUGUGAUGUGGACGAGAAUCUGUGGCCAGACAGACAGCAGCGUGUGGAUGGCCAGGAGGGUGAGGAUGGUGGCCAGGAGAGGGAGGGUGAGGACAGCGACCAGUGAAGAACUGUUAGUUGUGAAACUCCAGCUUUAUU